AUGGGUGUCAAAGACUUAACGAAACUAUUGAAACGACACGCCCCCGAGGCAUUAGUCCUCAAAACAAUUAACGAUUUUCGUGGAAAAACCUUAGCUAUUGACGCCAGUUUAUUUAUACGUCGCUUCGUGAAAGGCGCGCCACACAACGAAAUUCACCAGUAUCCCCAUAUUGUCGGAUUCUACCAUUUAACAAUGUUCUUAAGACAGCACGGCAUCAAACCGAUAUUUGUGUUUGAUGGCAAACGACGUGUUAAAGAGAAACGUCAGGAACUUUUGAAACGGAAAGCAUUGCGUGAAAAUACUAAUACAGGACUAAAGUUUGAAGAGAAUCGAAAGACGAGGUUGGAAAAGUGGGAGAAUGUUGUGGAGAAAAUGAAGAAUUUGGAGGAUGCAAAAACAGAGUUUGUUACUUUAGGGAUCAAGGACGUUGCGAUAGAAAAAUUUAAAGAAUUGGAAGUAAUUCAUCCGGAUUUAGUGUCGCCACGAGUUAGAGAUUUAGUUAAUCAAAUUGAACUUGGAAUUCGAGAUACAGACUCGGAAAUUACAUGGGAGACACCUGUGGAAUUAGAAGGAGUUACUCAACUAGAGCCAAUUACUACCACUACUACGUUGUCAGAAGAGAUUCCUGCUGCUAAAGAAGAACCCAUUGAAGUUGCUGAAGAAUCCAAAGAAGAGCCCGUUGAAAUUCGAGAUACAGACUCGGAAAUUACAUGGGAGACACCUGUGGAAUUAGGAGUUACUCAACUAGAACCAAUUACUACUACUACUACGCUGUCAGAAGAGAUUCCAGUUGCUAAAGAAGAACCCAUUGAAGUUGCUGAAGAAUCCAAAGAAGAGCCCGUUGAGAUUCGAGAUACAGACUCGGAAAUUACAUGGGAGACACCUGUGGAAUUAGAAGGAGUUACUCAACUAGAACCAAUUACUAUCACUACUACGCUGUCAGAAGAGAUUCCUGUUGCUAAAGAAGAACCCAUUGAAGUUGCUGAAGAAUCCAAAGAAGAGCCCGUUGAAAUUAGAGAUACAGACUCUGAAAUUACAUGGGAGACGCCUGUGGAAUUAGAAGGAGUCAUUCAACCAGAACCAAUUACUAUUACUACUAUGUUGUCAGAAGAGAUUCCUGUUGUCGAAGAAGAACCUGUUGAAGUUGCUGUAGAGUCCGCUGAAAUUAGUCAGGAUGAAGCAAUUAUGGAAAAAUUAGAAGAAAUCGAAAUUUCUGCGGAAGAGCCUAUACAGUUAGACACAACCGAUAUAAACAUUUUAAUAAUAAUUCCCGAAGCAUUCGAGAGAUUUACAAGAGAUGUACAAUACUUAGAUGCCGAACUCAAUCAACUAGAAUCUAUUACUACCACUACUAAAUUGCCAGAAGAGAUUUCUAUUACUGAAAAAUCCAAGGAAGAGCCCAUUGAAAUUAGUAAGGAUGAAGCACUUGCGGAAAAAGUCGAGGAAGUCAAAAUUUCUGCGAAAGGACCUUUAAGAUUAGAUACAACCGACAUAAACAAUUUAAUAAUAGCUUCUAUAGCAUUCGAGAAGUUCAUCGCUCAACAAAUAGUAAAGGAAAAACCAUUAACAGAAAAGGUUGAAGAGUUAGAAACCAAGGUUGAAAAAACUCCCAUUUCUGAAAUAUUAAAGGAGUCCGUUGAAAUCGACACAUCCACAAAAGAUGAGCAACGCUUAGAUGCUGAACUUAUUCAACCAGAACUAUUUGUUACCACUACUACGUUGCCAGCAGAGAUUUCUGUUGCUGAGGAAUCCAAAGAAACACCCGUUAAAAUUCGUCAGGAUGAAGCAAUUACGGAAAAAUUUGAAGAAGUCGAAAUUCCUUCGAAAGAGAGAUACGUCGUCCAACAAAUAACCGAGGAAAAACCAGAAACCGAAGUUGAAAAAUUUUAUAUUCCUGAAAUAACAAAAGAGCUCGUUGAAACCAAUAUAUCCACAAAAGAUGAGCAUUUGAAUAUUGAAUUCAUUCUGGAGAAACCUAUUUCUGAUAAAUCCGUUGAGGUUGAAAUGCCACCAUCAGACAAAGAUGAGAUCGAGAUAAUCGCAGAGCCUUCAAAAAUAUUGGAAGUUAGUGCACUUGAUGCAUCGUUGACUAUGAAGACGGUUACCGAAGAAUCUGCAAUAGUCAAAGAAGAGGAAUCUGUUGCCACCGAGGUCUUUGUGGAACCUAUAGAAAUUGAUAAGUCUAUAAUACCAAUAAGUGAACUUAGCGAAAGAGAAAUUACAAAGACCGAAGCGUCCGAAGUUGGAGAAAUUAUAACGCUUCAAGAACCUAAGAUAACAAAAGAAGAGGGCACCGAGGUAAUGGUAAGUAAAGCUUAUGAACAAGCCGAAGAACCAGUAAUUGAUACCGAGGUAAUGAUAGGUGAAGUUUAUGAGCCCGCAGAAGAAUCGAUAAUAUCAGAAUUCAAUCAAGCUCAGGUAGUUCAAGAAACAAUUGCAAAGGUACAAGAACUUGAAAUCACAGUUGAAGAGAACAUUCCGUUACGUAAAGAAGCGGAGGACGUAAUGCAAGGCGCUUUUGAAAUGGUAGAAUCAAUGGCACAAAUGGGCGACGAAAGAAAAUUCAAGGAACGACAUCCGAGUUUUUCGCCCACAGAAGAAAUGCUAGAAUUGAAAAAAGAAGUCGAAGAUAUAGUCAAAGGGACACUAGAUGACGUAAAAGAACUAGUAAGCACCAAAGCAUACACGAAGACACAACUAAACUUUAAAAAAGUUGAAUUUCAUAUUCUUGAUACUAUGGUGUCUGGUAAACCUGAUGAAGAUCUUGUGAGAAAAGUGAGCACCGAAAGUCAUAAUCUAGUGAUAUCGUUACAGAGACGAGUUGCACCGGUUACUCCUAAAAUGAUAUACGAGAGUCAAGAGUUUCUACGCUCGUUAGGAAUGCCAUGUAUAACAGUUGAGGAUCAUGAGGCAGAAGCUAUGUGUGCAACCUUGACUGAGAAUGGGAUGGCUGAUGCUUCGGUCACUGAGGAUAUGGAUGCCGCGUUAUUUGGUGAUGGCCCAUUUUUGCGAUCUUUCCUAUUUAGGAAUAAACCUAUUUUAGAAAUUUCUGCUGCGCGGGCUCGUGAACAAUUACAAUUAUCUCAAGACGCGUUUAUUGAUGUUUGUAUUCUCUGUGGCACAGAUUUUGCCGAAAAAAUCAAAGGAAUCGGUCCAAUGAAUGCCUAUAGACUCGUCAAACAACACGGUUCAAUCGAACGAGUCAUUGAGAAUCUCGAUCAAAGAAAAUAUCCGAUUAAACCGGAUUUCAUAGAAAAAGUCCAAGGUGCCCGAAUGAUAUUCAAGAAUCCACCGCCGUUGCAAAAACUUCGACCACAAGAUCUGGAGAUUAAGCCACCGAACGAAAAGAUUCAUUUGUUACUCGAUAAAUAUGAGAUUAAUGAAAAUAUGGGCGCUUAUGAUUUCAAUGAAGUCUCUUUCCAUAUGGACAAUACUUUGUUGGGAAUUGAUAAUAAGAGAUAUGAAGAUGGUGAAGAGUUUGAUGGUGAACGUGAAAUAAUUUCUCAUAGUUUGGGGCCUGAUCCAUUCAGUGGAUCUUUUGGAAUGCAUUCUAAAUUUUGA